AUGGGAAGAGACUUGGAUCGAAUUGAUAUGCCGUCUCUUGAUCUUUCCAUCAGUCGCAUCAUAGGAUCUACACCUCUUGCUUUUCGACCUGACGUUGAGAUCCCAGAACUGUCCGAGAUCGAUCCAGAGACUGACGAGGGGCCUGAGACCCCGCCUGAUGCCGGUACUAGCUACGCAGGGUGA